AUGCAGCCAAGUCGCCGGGAUGUCAAGGGGGCACCAAGUCGUAUCCUCUGGCACCUUCGGCUUGGCCACAUAGGUCAUGAUGGACUCAAUUGCAUCGUGACGAAGAACAUUGUAAUUGGCGUCGACAUAUCUUCGGUGAAGAAGUGGGACGUGUGCGAAGGUUGUGCUCUGGGAAAACAGACUCGAGUGCGCUUCCAAUCGAACACUACAACUCGCACCUCCAAAAUUCUCAAAGUGAUUUACGGCGACGUAUGCGGACCGAUGUCGAUGGCAACUUUCAGUGGAAAACGGUACUUCGUGACAUUCGUCGACGACAAGUCAAGAUACUGUGUCGUGCAUCUGAUCAAGAGCAAAUCUGAAGUUGCGGUGAAGUUCAUGGGAUACGCUGCGAUGGCCGAAAUACAAACCGGAAAGCGCGUGAAGUACCUUCAAAGCGACAAUGGGGUGAGUACAAGUCCGACAAGUUGGCACGAUUCUGCGCGGAAUGGAUGA